CCCUGUCAUAGGGUCUUUUGCCGUAAGCACGAGGGUUCGAUACGUCGGCUCGUCGGCCAUUUAUAUUGAAACGUGCUCUGUUGCGUCGUAUCAAGAUGAAGAUCGGUCUGUGUGCGUACAGCGGGUACAAGAUCUAUCCAGGCCAUGGGAAGACCAUGGUCAAAGUUGACGGAAAAACGUUCACUUUCCUUAACUCAAAAUGCGAAUCCGCACAUUUGAUGAGACGAAAUCCUAGGAAGGUGACAUGGACAGUUUUAUACAGACGUAAACAUAAGAAGGGUCAGGAGGAGGAACAAACAAAGAAGAGGACGAGGCGCACGCAGAAGUUCCAGCGUGCCAUCGUAGGUGCUUCUCUUACAGAUAUCUUGGCGAAACGUAACAUGAAGCCAGAAAUUCGUAAAGCUCAGAGAGAACAGGCAAUCAAAGCUGCAAAAGAACAGAAAAGAGCUGCAAAAGCAACGAAGAAGGCCGUUGCUCCUCCAAAAGCAAAACAAGUGGCAAAACAGAAAGUCGCCAAGGUGACGCAAAAAUCUGCACCUCGUGUCGGAGGAAAGCGUUAAAAUCUGUAGUUAUAUAGAUAAAAUAAAAUAAAAUAUAAUCAUA